UUUUAAAGUUGCCUGCGAUGGAUUGGUUUGUUUCAUUCUACUGAUGAGGUUGUGGACUAUGUCUCUGGCUGAUACAACAAAAGCACACACAAAUGAGCAUUUCCCCAGCCUGGCACUAGGAAGCAACAGGAGGUCUGCAGAAGGCAAGAGCAGCCCAGACGCUGGCAACCUGUCAAGGAACAGCAGGGCUUCCAAUGGGAGCGUAGAUUACAGCAGGUCUCAGUGCUCCUACAGAAGCCUGGCUUCCCACUAUGACUAUUCUGAAGAUUUUCUUUCCGAGUGCUCUGAAGCAACCACCAACAGAUAUCAGUCAGAGCGGUUUCUGGGGAAAGAGCACCAGAAGAGAAAGUAUAUUUCUAAAAUCCCCCAGCAUAAAGGCCAGAAGGACGUCCAGGCUGAGAAAAAGCACAUCUGGAAUUCUUCAUUUUUCAACUCUCAAAUUCAAACAAUUGCCAAAAGAAGAGACGCCAUGACACAUCGAAUAUUGUCAGCCAGGCUUCAUAAGAUUAAAGAGCUGAAGAACGAGCUAGCUGACAUACAUCGGAAGCUGGAAGCCACUGUCAUAGAAAACCAGUUUUUGAAACAACUUCAGCUUAGGCACUUGAAAGCUAUAGGGAAAUAUGUGAACUCACAAAACAACCUACCUCAAAUUACAGUGAGGCACCAGAAUGAGGUGAAAAGCCUACGUCAGCUCCUUCGGAAGUCCCAGGAGAAGGAGCGAACCGUGUCAAGGAAACUCCGGGAAACCGACAGUGAGUUGCUGAGGACCAAAGAUGCCUUGCAGGCCCUACAGAAACUUUCAGAAGACAAAAACCUUGCAGAAAGAGAAGAACUGACUCACAGGUUGACUGUUCUUACAGCCAAAAUGGAGGCAAAUGACAAAAAAAUACAGAGCUUGGAAAAACAGCUGAGGCUGAACAAUCGAUCCUUUGGUCGGCAACUGGCCAAAGAAAACCGGAAGACUUUGGCAGCUCAGACAGCGACAAAGACUCUGCAGGGGGAAGUGAGACAGCUGCAGCAGAAGCUUAAGGAGAAGGACCGUGAGCUGGAAAUUAAAAACAUCUACACUAAUCGAAUACUUAAAAAUUUACAUGAAAAAGAAGAUUACCCAAAAGUUUCUUCAACAAAAUCAGUACAAGCAGACAGAAAAAAUUUUGUAAAUAUGAGACACCAGGAAACCCAAAAGUCAGAUGUCCCAUCUUGGACAACAAAGGGUAAAAAGACAACAGGAAGCAUUGGUCAUAAGGAAAAAUCAACUGAAACAAGCCACGAAAUUUCUUGCUGUAUAUGUAAACUACCAAAGCAAGAGGAGCCUAAAAGAAAAUGUGAAGAUCUAUCAAAGGAGGUCGAACACCUAAAACCACAAGCCUCUCUGGAAAUUAUUAGGAGGCAAGAAGAGAAACGGGAAGAUCAAGAAAAGAAAGUCACCCCACCAGAAGGCGAGCCAAUUACAAGGGGAAGCGAGGCCCCCGCAGAUGCAGAGGGCGAGGUCCCGGCCAGGGAAGUGGCUGAGGUGGGCGAGGUGAUCGAGGUGGGAGAAGCCGAGGAUACAGAGCUCGGGCAGGGUGUUAGCAAGACCCCUCGGCCACGAAAGCACUACUCCUUCACCGAGGCCACCGAGAACCUGCACCACGGGCUGCCCACGUCCUGCAGGCAGGCCUCGGGCAGCCCACGCUGCCGCUACCACGGUGUGAACAAGCACCGCAGUGACCAGGAGCUGCGGCUGGAGUCUGCCGGCUACGAGCCCUCAUUCGGCAAGGCCGCCAGGGCCAAAGCCAAGGAGACGGCAGCGUUCCGGGACAAAAAGAACAGCCUCAUGGAGGAGCUGUUCGGCACAGGCUUUGCGGACAGGGAUGACCCCAAUGGCGAGUCGGCCAGCAAAGCCCAGCAGCUCGGGCCUGGCCAGGCCUCCGCCAGCAACGCCUUCGGGGACUCCAGAGCCACUGUGGUGCGGUCCAUCCAGGCCUCACCCACCGAAGGAAACAGGAAAACAGUUAUUUAAAUGCAGCAGUAGCCUUACAUUCUGGUUUGUAUACUGGUUACAUGCCUUUAAU